UCUCUCUCUUCCUUUCCGUUUUGUUGGACUCCCCUCGCGCUCUGAACAUGACCCGAGACAUCGCCAUUGUUUCCUCUCUCACUCCUCCCUGCGUCUUUUAACGAUCUAAGGACGUUUUACUGGACUUUUUGAACAAAAAAAAAAGGAAAAACAAAACCGGAGCAAAAACUGCUUUAACAUAAGUCGUUACCUCUCUCUCUCUCUCUUACUGUUUCUGUCUCCCUCGGUCGUCAUGCCGGAGCCUCGCGGUUCUCCCGCGGAUUCUCCGUUCUCCAUCCGGAACCUGCUGAGCUGCGACACCAAGCCUAAACCGGCGGCCAAGCCCGCGAGACCGGAGGCAGGAUUCGGGGUCGGUUUCGGGUUGGGACUCGGCUUCGGAGACUUCAGCUUGGCUCGGCUCGAGCUCCUCAAUACACACCGGUUAGCACUGCCAGCGUACCUGGAGCGCGCGAGCUGGUAUCCACCACACGCGCUCACCGGAGCUGCCGCACACCUGUACAGCACCGCAGAUAAAAGCAGCACUUGCUCAGAGAGAGACUCCCCGGAGUUCCGGUCCGACCCGGAAACUAAGGAAGAGCACGACGACGAUGAGGAAGAUGAGGAAGAAGAAGAGUGUGCGAGGAGCGGAGAUGAGGAAAUCGAGGACACGGACGCGGAAGAACGAAAAAGAGAUUCAGCACAUGGAGUAGAAGACGAAGAGGAGGAUGAUGAAGAGGAAUGGAAACGGCGCGCGCGGGUGACACCGACGACGGCGGCGAUGGCGUUGGCGGAAGCAGAGGAAGAGGACGAAGAAAAAAAAGCAGGCCACAGGAAGAAGAAGACGCGCACGGUGUUCUCGCGCAGCCAGGUGUUUCAGCUGGAGUCCACGUUCGACGUGAAGCGUUACCUAAGCAGCUCAGAGCGCGCGGGCCUCGCCGCGUCCCUGCGCCUCACCGAGACCCAGGUGAAGAUCUGGUUUCAGAACCGCAGGAACAAGUGGAAGCGGCAGAUCGCCGCCGAGCUCGAGGCCGCGAGCCUGCAGCAGCACCACCUACAUCACCAUCACCACCAGCACCCUCUUCACCAACAGCACCACCAGCAGCGGAUCGUGCGCGUGCCGGUACUCUAUCACGAGAGCGCGGCGGCGGCCUCGUCGGAGAGCGCGACCCCUCAUCACACGAGCGCCAGCACCAUCACGACCAGCGCGAGCGCCACCACGCCCACACCGCUCCUCGCCUUCCCGCAUGCGCUUUAUUACCCACAGCCGCACAUACCGCUGCUCAGACGCACGUAGACUUUAUUUAAUUUAUAUUAUAUUAUAUUAUAUAUUUAAAAAAGACUGAAAUACAAUUUUUUAUAAGAAAAUAUAAACUG